AUGACAGGAGAGCCAAGAACGCUUUAUUAUGAUGAAGUAUUUCAAACAUACAAGAAAGUGGUCUUGGAUAACUUUCCGGGCGACGUACUGGCCGUGCUUCAAAUGGGCGGGAGCGACAAAGUUCAUGGAAUUGAAGUGCUGAAACCAAAUGAAACCACAUAUAAAAGAGCUUUGACGACAAUAAAUCCAAUGCGAACCAAGUGGAUGAAUAACCUAAAUAUGCAACAUGAUCCAGGAGGUUAUGAAAAAUGGAAAAUAUGUAUGAUAAUGAUCGAAGAAGAGGAGAAAAGGAAAGGUAUGAAAUACGAGUUUGUUGUCCGUACUCGUCCCGACUUGAUGAUUGUCAAAGAGCUUCCACCUCUCGAAAGAUGGCCGAUCGAUCGAGUUCUCGUAAGCCCCUAUUACGAGUGUCUCCAGGAC